AUGACCAAAGAUCCCCAAGAAGAACCAUCCGAUGACAAGCCGCUGUUUGGUUCCACCGGCAGAAAAAUCAUCUACGACAAAGACGGCAAACCUUGCAGAAGUUGUAACACUUUACUGGAUUUCAAAAUGGCAGGUGGAAGUUUAAUGGGUGCUUUGUCAACAAAAAAGCCAUCUCUGGCUAAAGAUUCUGUUCCUGAGACCUACAAACAAGAGCCUCCAGACGUAGAACAGCUGGGAAAGUCAACAUGGACAUUUUUGCACUCGGUUGCGGCAACGUACCCCGAAUCUCCAUCGCCCUCUCAACAAGAUGACAUGCGUCAGUUCAUGAAUAUUUUUGGAAAGAUUUAUCCAUGCUGGUUUUGUGCCAAAGAUUUUCAAAAAUGGAGCUCAAAGAAUGAGCCCAAGGUGAAAACUCAGGAAGAGUUCGGAAGAUGGCUAUGCGAUGCGCACAACGAGGUAAAUGCGAAACUAGGCAAACCAAAGUUCGAUUGCAACCUGUGGAAGCAGAGAUGGAAAGAUGGAUGGGACGAGGGUAAAUGA